CUCACUCGCACGGUGACUUCCUGUGCCCGGUCUGUAACAAGGUGUUUCCUCUGCAGCGCAUGCUCACGCGUCACCUCAAGUGUCACAGCUCUGUGAAGAAGCACGUGUGCUGCUACUGCGCCAAGGGCUUCAACGACACCUUCGACCUCAAGAGGCACAUGCGCACGCACACAGGUAUACGUCCGUACGGCUGUGAGCUCUGUGAGAAGGCCUUCACUCAGCGCUGCUCCCUCGAGUCGCACUUGAAGAAGAUCCACGGCGUGACUCAGCAGUACGCGUACCGCGAGCGGCGCUCCAAGAUCUUCGUGUGCGAGGACUGCGGCUUCACCUCGGUCAGCGGGGAGGAGUACUUCCUGCACAUGCGCGAGCGCCACCCGGGCAGCCCUGCGCUCAGGCGAUACUUCCGCAAGCACGGGGCCAGCGCUGCCAGCAAGCUGGGAGCAGUGCUGCUUUACCCUGGGCCGCCUGCAGGGUACUACCUGUGA